CGCGAAUGGUCACACUGCAUUCAUUUAUCGGCAGCGGCUGCAAAUAAUUUCCGUAAAAACUUUAUUUAACCGCGAUUAAACCAAGCAAAGGACUUGCAUCCGCGUGUUAUCCUCUGGUGCCGGUGCCGGCAGAUGAACUCUUUUCGAUCGGACAGUGAAACAGUGCGUGCUGCGCCUCAGCGCAAACGAAAAGAUAACCUCUAAAGUUCGGACCCAUCGAGCAGAUGCACCUGCUCCACCUUUUGACUCCCUCCCAAAUGCCAGUGAAAAGGCCUUCUAACUAGUCGACAAUUCCCAGCCCAGCCAUGUCGACGACAUCGGUGGUGCAGCAGUUCGUCAACGGGCUUAAGUCCCGCAACCGAAAUGUCCAGAACAAGGCCACCCAGGAUCUGCUCUUCUACGUGAAGACGGAGCUGCGCGAGAUGUCCCAGGAGGAGCUGGCGCAGUUCUUUGACGAGUUCGACCACCACAUCUUCACCAUGGUGAAUGCGGCCGACAUCAACGAGAAGAAGGGCGGUGCCCUAGCGAUGAAGUGCCUGAUCAACUGCGAGGGCAGCCUGACGGCCAGGAAGGGCAUCUCGCCGUAUCUGAACCGUCUUCGAGAUCUGCUCCUCAUCAACGAUGUAUCCGUCAUGGAGAUUGCCGCCCGCUCCCUUGUUAAACUGGCCAACAUGCCCACUUCCAAGGGCGCCGAUUCCUUUGACUUUGACAUCAAAAAGGCCUUCGAAGUGCUCAGGGGCGAGAGACAAGAGUACCGUCGGCACGCUGCAGUCUUUAUUCUCCGCGAGCUGGCCAUCGCCUUGCCGACGUACUUCUACCAGCACAUCCUGACCUUCUUCGAGGUCAUCUUCAACGCCAUCUUCGAUCCCAAACCUGCCAUUCGGGAGUCCGCAGGCGAGGCGUUGAGGGCGGCCCUAAUUGUCACCGCGCAGCGAGAGAGUAGGAAACAGUCGAGCGAGCCGCAGUGGUACAAGAUCUGCUACGAAGAGGCAAAUGCCAGCUUCAGUGCUGAUGUGACAACUGGCAAGGAAACGAAGGGCAUGACCCGAGACGAUCGCAUUCACGGCGGCCUUAUCGUCUUCAACGAGCUCUUCCGGAGUGCCAACGCCACUUGGGAGAAGUGCUACACAUCCCUCAAGACGUUGUUUCCCAAGGCGCAGCACAACAAGUUCCUGGAGGCCAGCAGCUCGUCGGGCAUGGGCUCCCAGCUGAACACACUGGUGCCGCGCUUGAAAGUGCCCUUCAUCGACAAGCUCGGCAGCACCCAGACGCACUUGGGCGAGGGCGAGCAGCACAACGGAGUGGCCAAGUUCGCGAGCCACAACGUCUUGGAGUCCGCCUACGCGCACGAGAUCCUCCAGGAGCACUACAUAACCAUCUGCGACAAUGUGCUGGAACAGCGCUCCUCAAAGUCACCUUAUGUGCAGCAGGCUCUGUUGCAAAUCCUGCCGCGACUGGCGGCCUUCAACCGCGAGGUGUUCGUGGAGAAGUAUCUGCAGACCUGCGUUUCCCAUCUAAUGCUGAUCCUGCGUGGCAAGGAGAAGGAUCGCACGGUGGCGUACAUUACGAUCGGCUACAUGGCUGUGGCCGUGCAGGAUGCGAUUGAGAGUCACCUAUCCGGCAUCAUGGGCAGCAUAAAGCUCGCUCUGCCCGCCAAGGAUUUGACCAGCAAACGGAAGGUGCCAGUGGAUCCUGCUGUCUUUGCCUGCAUCACGCUCCUUGCGCACGCCGUUGAUUCGGCGAUAGCCGACGAUGUUAAGGAUAUCCUCGAGCAGAUGUUCUACACCGGUCUCUCGCCUGCCUUAACAGUUUGCCUGAGGGAACUUUCGGAGAACGUGCCGCAGCUAAAGACCGCCAUCACAGACGGACUGAUCGGAAUCCUCUCCCAGGUGCUGAUGAACAAGCUAGUCACCCUUCCGUACAACACCUUGCCACCGAUCGCCAUCGAUGCGUCGCUGAUGAUGCAGAACGCCGACGGAGCCACCACCGUGCUGGCCCUCAAAACACUGGGCACCUUCAACUUUGAGGAGCAGAACAUGCUGGACUUUGUUCAACGUUGCGCUGACUAUUUCAUUGUACACGAACAGCAAGAAAUUCGCCUAGAGGCGGUGCAGACCUGCACACGUCUCCUCAAGCUUGCAGUGCAAUCGUCGGAGAGUAUGGAGAACUCGAAGACCCUCAGCGAUACGGUCUCCUACGUGAUAGAGCGCCUGCUCAUGGUCGCCAUCACGGACAUGGACUGCAACGUGCGGAUAACCAUCCUCCGCUCGCUGGACGAGACCUUCGAUGCGAAGCUCGCGCAGCCGGAGUCGCUAAAUUCGCUAUUUAUCACCCUGCACGACGAGAUCUUUGAGAUCCGGGAGCUGGCCAUGGUCACCAUUGGAAGAUUGUCCUCCAUGAACCCGGCCUAUGUGAUGCCCAAGUUGCGGACCACCAUGAUCGAGUUGAUCACGGACCUAAAGUACUCGGGAAUGAGUCGGAACAAGGAGCAGAGUGCGAAGAUGCUGGAUCAUCUGGUGAUCAGCACGCCCAGGCUGAUAUCCUCCUACAUGAAUCCGAUCCUGAAGGCUUUGGUGCCCAAGCUGCACGAACCGGAAUCGAAUCCGGGAGUCAUCCUGAAUGUGCUUCGCACGAUUGGCGAUCUGGCGGAGGUGAACGGCGGCUCCGAUGAAAUGGAACUCUGGGCAGACGACCUGCUCUCCAUUUUGCUGGAGAUGCUCGGCGAUGCUGGCAGUCCGGACAAGCGCGGAGUGGCGCUGUGGACCUUGGGCCAGCUGAUCAGUGCAACGGGCAGGGUGGUGAGCCCGUACCACAAGUACCCCGUGCUCAUCGACAUCCUGAUCAACUUCCUGAAAACGGAACAGCGGCGCUCCAUUCGAAGGGAAACGAUCCGAGUGCUGGGCUUGUUGGGCGCCAUGGAUCCGUACAAGCACAAGAUGAACAAGGGUCUGAUCGACAGCCAAAAGGACAAUGUGCUGAUCGCCUACUCCGACGGCAAGGUGGACGAGAGCCAGGACAUCUCCACGGCGGAGCUUCUGGUCAAUAUGGGCAACGCUCUGGACGAGUACUAUCCAGCUGUGGCCAUCGCUGCCCUGAUGCGGAUCCUGCGCGAUCCCACGCUGAGCACGCGACACACCAGCGUGGUCCAGGCGGUGACCUUCAUCUUCCAGAGCCUGGGCAUCAAGUGCGUGCCCUACUUGGCCCAGGUGCUUCCCAAUCUGCUGGACAAUGUGCGCACGGCGGACAACAAUCUGCGGGAGUUCCUGUUCCAGCAGCUGGCCAUUCUGGUGGCCUUCGUGAAGCUGCACAUCAUCAGCUACAUGGGUGAUAUCUUCAAGCUGAUCAAGGAGUUCUGGACCAUCAACACGCCGCUGCAGAACACUCUGAUCAAUCUGAUCGAGCAGAUUGCCGUGGCCCUGGGCUGCGAGUUCCGGGACUAUCUGGCGGAGCUGAUUCCGCAGAUCCUGCGAGUGCUGCAGCACGACAACUCCAAGGACCGAAUGGUCACGCGGCGGCUGCUCCAAGCUCUGCAAAAGUUCGGCAGCACCUUGGGCUACUAUCUGCCGCUGAUUCUGCCGCCGAUCGUCAAGCUCUUCGACUCGCCCUACGUGCCGCAGCAGGUGUCCAUGGUGGCCCUGGAGACAAUCAACAAUCUGGCCUGCCAGCUGGACUUCACCGACUUCUCCUCGCGCAUCAUCCAUCCGCUGGUUCGGGUGCUGGACGCUGAGCCGGAGCUGCGCGAUCAGGCGAUGAUCACGCUGCGCUCGCUGGUCAAGCAGCUGGGCAAGAAGUACCUGGUGUUCGUACCCAUGGUGCAGCGCACGCUGAACAAGCACCGCAUCGCGGAUCCCGAGUACGAGAAGCUGCUCAGCCGCAUCCAGUCGAACAGCACGCUGGCGGACUCGCUCGGCGCCGGGGAGUCCGGACUGCGGCCGGCUAAGAUCAAGAACAACGAGCCCUUUGUGACGGAUAGGAAUAGCAAUAUCAAGAACUUGCAGGUGACAACAAACGAACUGCGAACGGCGUGGCAGGUGACCCGUCGCGUCUCCAAGGACGACUGGGUGGAGUGGCUGAAGCGGCUGUCGAUCGGGCUGCUCAAGGAGUCGCCCUCGCACGCGCUGAGAGCCUGUCGCUCGCUGGCCCAGGAGUACGAUACGCUGCUGCGCGACCUCUUCAACGCCGCAUUUAUCUCCUGCUGGACGGAGCUCUCGCAGGACCUAAAGUCCGAGCUAACGCAGUCCCUGAUCCAGGCCCUGCAGGUCACCGACAUGCCGGAGAUCACGCAGACGAUCCUCAAUCUGGCGGAGUUCAUGGAGCACUGCGAUCGCGACCCCAUUCCGAUCGAGACCAAGCUGCUCGGCACUCGGGCGUUGGCGUGCAGGGCGUACGCCAAGGCUCUGCGCUACAAGGAGGAGGAGUUCCUGCCGCGCAAGGAUCCGCAGGUGCUGGAGUCCCUGCUGCUGAUCAACAACAAGCUGCAGCAGCGGGAGGCGGCCGAAGGUCUGCUGACCACCUAUCGCAAGGCAGUCAAGGACCUGAAGGUCCAGGGCAGGUGGUACGAGAAGCUGCACAACUGGGACGAGGCACUGGAGCACUACGAGAAGGAUCUAUUCGAAGACUCCACGGACCUGGAGGCCCGCCUGGGACACAUGCGCUGUCUGGAGGCGCUCGGCGACUGGUCGGAGCUGAGCAAUGUGACGAAGGACAAGUGGGAGUCCUUCACCACGGAGACGAAGGCGCGGGCGAGCCCCCUGGCCGCGGUGGCUGCCUGGGGUCUCCAGGAUUGGGAGGCGAUGCGGGAGUACGUGCGGUGCAUACCGGAGGACACCCAGGAUGGCAGCUACUAUCGAGCAGUGCUGGCGGUGCACCACGACGACUUCGAGACGGCGCAGCGCCUGAUAGACGAGACCAGGGAUCUCCUGGACACGGAACUCACGUCCAUGGCGGGCGAAUCAUACGAACGAGCCUACGGCGCCAUGGUGUGCGUCCAGAUGCUCGCGGAGCUGGAGGAGGUUAUUCAGUACAAGCUGAUCCCCGAGCGAAGGGAGCCCCUGAAGACGAUGUGGUGGAAGCGGCUGCAGGGUGGCCAGCGCCUGGUGGAGGACUGGCGCCGCAUCAUCCAGGUGCACUCGCUGGUGGUGAAGCCGCACGACGACAUCCACACCUGGCUGAAGUACGCGAGCCUGUGCAGGAAGAGCGGCUCCCUGCACCUGUCGCACAAGACCCUGGUGAUGCUGCUGGGCACCGAUCCCGAGCUGAGUCCCGACGAGCCGCUGCCGUGCAAUCAACCCCAAGUGACCUACGCCUACACCAAGUACAUGGCGGCCAACAAGGACCUGAAGAACGCCUACCACCAGCUGCGCCUCUUCGUGAACACCUACAGCCAGGAGCUGAGCUGCCUGCCGCCGGAGGCGCUCAAGCAGCAGGACCAGCGGCUGAUGGCGCGCUGCUACCUCCGGCUGGCCACCUGGCAGAACAAGCUGCAGGACAAGCUCGGCCCGGAGGCGAUACCCGGCGCCCUCGAGUGCUUCGAGAAGGCCACCAGCUACGAUCCCAACUGGUACAAGGCCUGGCACCUCUGGGCGUACAUGAACUUCAAGGUGGUGCAGGCGCAGAAGUCGGCGCUGGACAAGCAGCAGCCGGCGGGCGCCAACAUGGGCAUGUCCAUGGGUCUGGGCCUGGACAGCGAUAUGCUGAUCAUCCAGCAGUACGCGGUGCCGGCGGUCCAGGGCUUCUUCCGCUCGAUCAGCCUCAUCAAGGGCAACUCCCUGCAGGACACGCUGCGUCUGCUGACCCUGUGGUUCGACUACGGCAACCAUGCUGAGGUGUACGAGGCGCUGCUCUCCGGCAUGAAGCUGAUCGAGAUUAACACCUGGCUGCAGGUCAUCCCGCAGCUGAUUGCCCGCAUCGACACGCACCGCCGCUUGGUGGGUCAGCUGAUCCACCAGCUGCUCAUGGACAUCGGCAAGAAUCACCCGCAGGCGCUGGUCUACCCGCUGACGGUGGCUUCCAAGUCGGCGUCGCUGGCGCGCAGGACCGCCGCCUUCAAGAUCCUCGACUCGAUGCGCAAGCACUCGCCCACCUUGGUGGAGCAGGCGGUCAUGUGCAGCGAGGAGCUGAUCCGCGUGGCGAUCCUCUGGCACGAGCAGUGGCACGAGGGACUGGAGGAGGCGUCGCGCCUCUACUUCGGCGAUCGCAACGUGAAGGGCAUGUUCGAGAUCCUGGAGCCGCUGCACGCCAUGUUGGACAGGGGGCCGCAGACGCUCAAGGAGACCUCCUUCUCGCAGGCCUACGGACGCGAGCUCACGGAGGCGUACGAGUGGUCGCAGCGCUACAAGACGUCGGCGGUGGUCAUGGACCUGGACCGGGCCUGGGACAUCUACUACCACGUCUUCCAGAAGAUCUCGCGCCAGCUGCCGCAGCUCACCUCGCUGGAGCUGCCGUACGUCUCGCCCAAGCUGAUGACCUGCAAGGACCUCGAGUUGGCCGUUCCGGGCUCCUACAAUCCGGGCCAGGAGCUAAUUCGUAUUAGUCACAUUAAAACCAACCUGCAGGUUAUCACAUCCAAGCAGCGUCCUCGAAAGCUGUGCAUUCGCGGCUCCAACGGCAAGGACUACAUGUACCUGCUCAAGGGCCACGAGGAUCUCCGUCAGGACGAGCGCGUGAUGCAGCUCUUCUCGCUGGUGAACACCCUGCUGCUGGACGACCCCGACACGUUCCGGCGGAACCUGGCCAUCCAGCGGUACGCGGUGAUCCCGCUCAGCACCAAUUCCGGCCUGAUUGGCUGGGUACCGCACUGCGACACCCUGCACACUCUGAUCCGGGACUACCGGGACAAGAAGAAGGUACCGCUGAACCAGGAGCACCGGACCAUGCUCAACUUUGCGCAGGACUACGACCACCUCACGCUGAUGCAGAAGAUCGAGGUGUUCGAGUACGCGCUGGGCAAGACGCAGGGCGACGAUCUGGCCAAGUUGCUGUGGCUCAAGUCGCCGUCCUCGGAGCUGUGGUUCGAGCGGAGGAACAACUACACCCGCUCCCUGGCCGUCAUGUCGAUGGUGGGCUACAUCCUCGGCCUGGGCGAUCGUCAUCCGUCGAACCUCAUGCUGGACCGCAUGAGCGGGAAGAUUCUGCACAUCGAUUUCGGCGACUGCUUCGAGGUGGCCAUGACGCGCGAGAAGUUCCCCGAGAAGAUCCCGUUCCGCCUCACCCGGAUGCUGAUCAAGGCCAUGGAGGUGACCGGCAUCGAGGGCACCUACCGACGCACCUGCGAGAGCGUGAUGCUGGUGCUCCGCCGCAACAAGGACUCCCUGAUGGCAGUGCUGGAGGCCUUCGUCUACGAUCCGCUGCUCAACUGGCGUCUGCUCGACGUAGACAAGAAGGGCAACGACGCGGCGGCCGGAGCGGGUGCGCCGGGCGGCGGAAGAGGCGGCUCCGGAAUGCAGGACAGCCUCAGCAACUCGGUGGAGGACUCGCUGCCCAUGUCCAAGUCCAAGCCCUACGAUCCCACGCUGCAGCAGGGCGGCCUGCACAACAACGUCGUGGACGAGACGAACAGCAAGGCCAGCCAGGUGAUCAAGCGGGUGAAGUGCAAGCUAACGGGCACCGACUUCCAGACGCAGGCGAGCGUCAACGAGCAGGAGCAGGUGGACCUGCUCAUCAAGCAGGCGACCGACAACGAGAACCUCUGCCAGUGCUACAUUGGCUGGUGUCCGUUCUGGUAGUUCGCGCGAUCUUCCCAACCGACAACCGGCCACUGACUGAGCGAGAUUACGAACACUACUUACUACUAACUGAACCGUGUGCACCCACAUCUCUAGAGAGGAUUCGGAGAUGACUACGUUUAGGCUUUAAGUAUAAAAUAUUUUUAUAAUUUAUGUUAGAAGUACGCUUUAUUACCUUUUAUUUGUGAAUACGAUUGGAAACAAGUUCCAAGUUUGUAAAAAUCUAUAAAAACCCAUG